GUCACGUGGUGGUUGACACUCAGCACAUUAAACUUGUCAGCAGGUGCAACAACAUGGACUUGCCGUACGGUCCACUGGGUCUGGGUCUGGUAGCAGGACUCAGCUGUGGGCUCCUCAUCGGCUGGCAGCUUCGGGCUCGCUUGGGCUCCACAUCCAAAACCCUGAUGACGGCGAUGGGGAACGGCACCGGUGAAGAAGCGAGCGUGAUGGGAGAAGGCGGCGAGUUCAAGAUGAUACUGGUGGUCCGAAACGACCUGAAGAUGGGUAAAGGGAAGGUGGCCGCUCAGUGCUCCCACGCCGCCGUGUCGGCUUACAAACAGGUUCAGCGCAGGAAGCCGGAGCUUCUGAAGCAGUGGGAGUACUGCGGCCAGCCCAAGGUGGUGGUGAAGGCGCCCGAUGAGGACACCCUGAUCGAACUGCUCGCUCACGCCAAAGAAGUUGGGCUUCCCGUCAGCCUGAUUCAGGACGCAGGAAGGACACAAAUUGCGCCCGGAUCGCGCACCGUGCUGGGUAUCGGUCCAGGCCCGGCGGAUCUGGUGGACAAAGUCACUGGAGACCUGAAGCUCUACUAGAGUUCCAGCAUCAGGCCGACCUGCUUACGACGUCUUUGUGUUAUAACUAUUUGCAAUGCAAACGAAGGAGUUUUUUUUUUUGUACAAUAAACAAUCAAUUAUAUGUUAAAUACUUGAAAUUUUUGGUGCAGUUUUGGACACACGAGCCUUUCACAUUUGAUGACUCUUGGAAAAAAGCAGUAAAAAAAGCUUGAUGUGUAAUAUUUUACUGUGAUACUUCAUUGACAGAAACAAAAGGCACUACAAACACUGUUCAGAGUACAUUUACAUGUAAAAAAUAUUCAUUUUUUU